AUGGCGAGGCCGCCGCCUGCGGCGCCCGCCCCGGUGAGGCUCCGUCUGCUCUUCGAAAACAGCCGCCUCCUCCGGCGUGUGCAGAGGGAUGAAGGCCUUCGGCGCUGCUGGCUUCUCCUUAGCCCGGAGCUCGCCACCGUCGCCGACCUCGCCGCUCAUGUCGCAGCCCGUUUCCGCCUCCGCCGCACCUGCCCGCGGGGCGUUGUGCUCUCGAUGGAUGGGUUUACCUUGCCACCAUUUGAGUCAACCUGCAUCUUCAGGGACAACGAUAUUAUAAGGGUUAAACAAAAAUCCUGCACGAAGCAGGUAGGGCACAAUGAUGUGCACUGUAUUCAAGAUCAUGAGAUAAUAGAGAAGAGGCCACUUCCAGUUGAUGACAGAAUCCUUGCAAUCCAGGAUCAAAAGGAUGGCUGUAAACACCAAGAAGAAGAGGCACAUGAUCACCAGCUUGAAGAAAAUGCCACUGCUAGCCAUAGCAUAGAAAACAAUGAGACAAAUUCGAAGAGGAAGUGGAGUGAUGGGAUUGCAGAAAUACCUGAGAGCUCAAAAUGCAGGGGAAAAAGGCUGAAGGUGACAAAUUCUGGAAAGCAGAUAGAUUACAGCAAGGAGGAACAGAGUGAAUCUAAAAAGUUGAACUUGUCAGUUAUUGAUAUUGAAGCUAAGAAAGCAACUCCACAACAUGAAACUACCACUACCUUGGUGGAGCAGCAAAAAUCAGAGGGGAACAAUCAAACUGAGUUGAAAUGUGAGGCAAUGGUGGUAGACUAUAAUGCUCAAAGUGACACAAAAAAGUUGGAGAGUCGAAGUGCUCGACGCAAGAAAAUUAAAAGGCUAAUGAGACAGACAGGAAAAUUACAAUCAGAAAAGAAUGUGCAUGAAGAUUCACCAAUAGCUGCUGGUUUUCCAUCAUCGAGCAAUCAAGAUGGCUUGCCUGUUCCAUCAAGCAAUCAAAAUGGAUCACAUGUUCAUUUUUCAAGCCUCAAAGCAGAUGAGGAAGAAUCUGAUACAUCGGAAGAGAUUGUCCCAGUUGUGGUUCGGCCUGGUCACAUUCGCUUUGAACCAGCAGGUGGAGAACCUGACAAAUCGCCAGCAAAGGAAUUACAGGGCACAUUCCAAUGGAGUGGAACAAUGAGCAAAAAGAAGGGCCAGAAGUGGGGAAUUGAUAGCUCAAACAAGAAAAAUGCUGAUAUCGUCUAUCAUGCAGGAAUAGCUGGAAGCAGCACAGAAGUUAACAAUCAUGUCAGGGACAUUAAGAUUACUGAAAAUGGCUUCUGUGCUGUCAGUAAUCGAAGGAACAAUGAAGGCAGUAAUAUUGAGUUGUCCAGUGCGAAAACUGUUGCUAAUGAAGAAAAGUCUAGUGGUGAACCUUUCGAUUUUGAGAGCUUGUACCCCCUAACGCGACUUCCAAAGGAGGGAGAUCUGAUUGCCUAUCGAUUGGUUGAGCUGUCUUCCAUGUUGUGUCCGGAGCUGUCUGCGUAUCGUGUCGGAAAAGUUCUUAUAUAUGAUCCCAUAUCAUCGCGUAUCAUUCUCUUACCCGUUCAAGAGUAUCCAAUCACCACCGAGGAAAAAGAAAACAAGGACGAGUCAGAUAUGCUUGCAGACUUGUCACCAUACAAGGAAGAUGGCUCCUUGGAGAUCGAGUACUCUUCACUUCUUGAUGUAAGGCUACUGAAGGGUAUUGAACCAUUGCUAGGGGCUGCCAGUACUCCCUCUGCAGAAACAUGUAAUGAAGUUGGAUCAGCACUGGCUGGAAGGCCAGUUACCUUACACAAAAAUGAAGGCAAUAUUGAGAACCAGAAACCACCCUUGGUGGCAAACAACACUAAAGAUGAAGAACGCACACUAGGAAAAUCAGAAAGCACGGUUUGGGAAAAGAAUGAUGAGCCCAGUGAUAAGGUCGAUGUUCAGGAAAAUGGCUGGGGAGCAUGGAAACAAAAUGCUAGUACGUCAGCUUGGUCUUACAGAGCUCUCAGGAGCAGCGCCCUUGGCCCGACAAUGGCAAUGCUAAGAGGGAAGAACAGCCAGAGGGGUAAACCACCCUAUCGAAAGAAUGGCAAGUGA